AUGGGCCGAAAGGACUUUUUUGCCAAGCGCGAUGAACUCGCGAAAGAGAGGCGCCGUCUACAGCGGGAAAAGAAUGGUUAUACCCCUGGAACCUAUAAAGAGGAGGACUCAAUUCGGGAGAAAGACAAAAGGCUCCCUAAAACCAACGAGUUACACCGAGAAACCAUGAACCUUUGGCUCGAGUUCACUGCAGACCCGGAGAAUGGGUACGAGUAUUAUAAAACUUCCCUCGGUUCUCCUGCUCCAACACAUGAGAUGAUCAAAGCGUACAUUCGCUGGUACGUACAUUCUAUUCAAGGGCGACUGAAUGACGAUGGUCUACCCACGGUGAGAACUGUGAAUCAUCUUAAACUCACCUGGAUGCAGUGGAUCAAAAAAACUUUGACGGUAGAUGGCGUCGUUGUAGACCAAAAGAAAGAGAAACUCAACUUCACAAAGCAAGAUUUUUUGAGAACAGUCUCAUCUUUAUGGCAGACUGAUCACCAAACAUUCAUUCCGGGACUGCUCAAAGUGGUCAUCUUAUUUGCUCUCCAGCUGUAUCUCUUUACUGGCGCAAGAGUCGGAGCUUUCAUACCCUCUAGUGAGGACAAACAUGAAAGAGGUCUUCGAUACGAACAUAUCAAGUUGGUUCUGUUUCCUUCAUCCAUAGGUCGUUGGGCGGUGGGUUGGAAGGUAGAUCAGAAGUGGCUCAAAAAUCGUCGAUGUGAAAAAUACACAGUAUUCGGAAUUGGUAUCCGGGACAGCAACAGGCCGCAAUUUGCGUCGGGCUACCUUCUUCUCUCCCUCGCAUUAGCACACGGUGCUAUUUAUGGGGUGGAUACUGUGGAUGAUCUGGCGCAGUUUGAUCUUUCAAAUGGGGAGAUUCCGUUGCGAUGGAAGGAAGAGUACUUGGAUAAACCAGUUCUCAGACAUGCCACGGCGGACGGGCCUCAGGAGACACCUUUAACGAAACAAAAAUUUUGUUCUUGCCUUCGUCAGAUUUUUACUGCUGCAGGGUACUUUGGUGAAUUGGCAACGAUCCAUUGUAUACGACGAAACCUUGGGAAAAAAGUCGAAAAGAGAAAUGGCUCUGCACCUGUCAGUCAGAUACUGGCACAUAAGGGGCUAAACACUUUUCCGGAGCAUUAUCAAGCCCACUGUUCUUCCAUAGAUACAGUGGGAGCUGUUCUAGAUGAAGAAGACCAGUCCGACCAUAUUGAGUACUUCCAAGGUUAUGUUCAAUAUUACGAACGUGGCUUGCCAGGUGAGUUGCCAGCAGAGAUCAAAGAGAGUAUUUUGGAAAAACCAGAUAUGGUGGAAAUGAGAGCCCAGAUCGAUUCAUUCGCACAGAACCACGACGAGGAUCGCCUCAAGAACAAGAAAUUGGAAUACAGGAAGGCGCUCGUUCGGUAUCGCCUUUUCGAACUUAGGCAAUAUCAAAUUCGGUGGGCACAGGAGAAGAGAGACCGGAAAGUUAUCAAUCGAGGAAAAGAAGAGCCAACCCAUUCAGAAAAUGACAUUCGCGCACGCACUCAAAUGCUGAUUAUGCCCGAGGUUGCGCGAAUCGCAACAGCCAUGUCCUCCACCAAAGAGCUUUCCUUUGACGAAAAACUUCUCUUUGUCGAAGAUCUACAGACGCAGUGUCUCCGUGAUUUUGAUGUGGUAUACCUCCCAAAUGAAAGCCCAGUACAUGGCCUCUGUCCUGUAAAAGGUUGCCAAAUCAAUAUUGCAAGUCUGAAAAAAUGUGACAGAAGUGCUCAUAUUCACGGAUGUAUUCGGCGUGAGAAAGCUUUUGGCCUUCAAAGACCAGAGUCAGAGAUGCGGUUUUGCUAUGAAUGUAUGGAUUGGUGUUUGUCGAGUCAAUGGCGGGAUCAUUGUGAUACCCAUCUCCAGUCCUGGAAAUCCCAGCACUGCGAAGUAAUUAUCUAUCGUCAUACCGUUAUUCGUCCCGGCUACUGCCCCUUCUGUUUGUGGGACCCUGAUCUCUCUGCAGAAAAGCGUUUGCGAUACUGGCUGCGAAGUGACAAUCUGAGGGAACACAUUGAAGGGCAGCACUUGGCUAAAAUCGGGCAUUGUCAGACAAAGCUGAUAUGCGGAUGCUCCCAAAGCUUCCACAAUGAGCGUGACCUCCGACUUCACUUGCAUGAUGCGCAUGGACUCAAGGAAACCAUAUGGCAAAAUCCAAAGCUACCCAAUAAGAGAAAGCGCACUUGCAAGUUGGAAGCCCAAAGAUCUUCAGCAGGUCCACAAGAGGGUUAUCCUAAGAAAGCCCGAUUUUAUAAUUACUCACAUCCAUGUCAUGGGCGUGAGGACUGUGUGACAGAAGGGUCUUUUUUCCCCGUCCCGGCCUUGCUUCCGUCUGUUGAAGAGAAUGUGGAACAAUACUCAGGGCCAAGUAUGUGUGACAAAUAUAGCGCCAGCAGCAGGAGUAACUCAGUGGAACUAUGUUUCUCGGAGUUAGGCUCCUCGCCCAGCUCGGGGUCAACAGCUCUAGGCCCUGAGGCUAUUGAUCCUCGAAUCCUCGAGACGCCUAAAUUCAACAGGGAUAAUGCACGCCAAUCUUGUGAUCAAGCUGCCAUCCAGCCGAAAUCACUCAUUUCCCCACAUAAAGAGUGCGAGGAAACUUCUGUCAGUGGUAUAAAACAGCGGCAAUCUCCCGCUCUAAGCUUUGCCAGUCAGCCUUCUGGAUACUGUGCUGUCACUGAAGCCAAUGAGGAGAGGAAAGAUUUGCAAGAACAUCUCACCUCUUUGCCUACUCAUGACCAAGCUGUUACCGCAGAAUUUGGCUGCGACAGUCAUCCACUUACACGGGAAGAAGGCAAGCAAAAUCUACCUUGUGAUGACCAAGUCCCUCCUAGCUGCCCUCGCAGCCCCCUCACUAGAGCCAAGGCACAAACUCUGUCGCCUCAGCAUUAUCCAGGUGGUUUAAAUGGCCACAGCCCCCCUAAGGGGCUUAACGCAAAGAACAAACGGAAGUUGCGUGACCUACAGAGGAAGAAUUUGACCCUGAGACAGAUUGGGCCUUAUUUCGCGGAUGUUGAUAUGGCCUUACUGCGACAGGCUUGGAUGGAAUUGAAGCCUUCUCAGAGAUACACCAGAUCUCGGGCUAAUUGGAAGGGCAAGUAA